ACCCCUUUGAAAUUAGAGUCCAAACUCUCUAUGUUUAGAACCUUCGGUCCCUGUUCUUGAGUCAGGAAGCUCGCUAUUGUAUCAGAACCUGGGUUUUGCUACUGUUCAUCGUCGUGCUUAUGGCGACCAAAAAGCAGGGGUCUACGGUGGUUUCGACGACUCGGCCUCGGACCAGGUCCAGGUUCGCCCUCCUCGCUGACACAGAUGAGGAAUUUCCGGCGUUAACCCUGGGGAACGUUGUGAAGAAGCCAGAAAAAAUUUCUGGGGAUGUUGUUAAUGUUGGUCCUUCGUCGUGUUGUGAUGCUCAGAUUGGAACCUCGGAUACGGCUCAGGAGCCUGCUAUCCCAGCUGCUGGGAAACCAAUUACAACUGCCAAACUGAGUACUGCUGUGAAACAGGUUGGAACUUUGGAUACGGCUCAGGCUCCUGGGACUGUGCUUACUGCUCCUGCGCAAGCUGCUGCUACAAAGGAUGGGGGAAAAACUGCUGUUGUGAAAACUUCUAGUAAUGCAGCAGUUGCUACUAGGCAGGCUCCUGUGAAUUCUGAGUUGCCUCUGCUGCCUUUGGCAGUAACUCCUGCAACUGUGGGAGCUAUCACUUUGGCAGAUUCACAAAAAACAAAAAAGCUGCUAAGGAGAAACAAUGGAGUACACUGUUCAAAGACAAUCGAUAUCCCUCCGAAGGGCUUAAACUGAGGUAUAUUCCACCAACUAGUGAUAUUCUUGAUUUUUCAGACCGUGUGCUACCUUCAAUGGUGGAUAUCUUUGGCUACUGUCUGGUGGGCUUUUUCACGGGAAGGUUUCCUGGUUUAAAGGCAACCUAUACCCUUACAAAAAAAUGGGGAGUACACUGUGAAGUCAAACCACAUGAUAAGGGAUGGGUUGUUUUUAAAUUCAAGAGUGAAGCUGACAGGAGUAUAGUUAUGAUUGAGGGGCCUUAUAUCCUCUAUGGGAAGCUACUGGUUUUGAAGGUCCUGUCUGAUGAUUUUUCCUUUAAAGAUAUGAGUUCUUGAAGGUACUGAUUUGGAUAAAAUUCCUUAAGCUCUCGGUGAGGUUGUGGAAUGAGGAUACUAUUAGCGAAGUUGCUUCUAAAGUUGGAGUUCCUCUCACCACGGAUAGGAUAACGCUUGAAAAGGCAAACCACAACUACGCGAGAGUAUUAAUUGAAGUAGACGUGACAAAGCCACCUCCUCUCUCAUUCCCAAUCAAGAUGGCGUCAGGAAGGAUUUUUGAGCAGCGGGUACUCUAUGAAACGUUUCCGAACUACUGUUUCCAUUGCAAACAAUACGGGCACCAUCCUUUCAUUUGCAAGGAACUAGCAACAAAAGAAAAGGCUGACUUCGGCGAACCAGAAAAGGUUGAGACUAUAAUAAUUACUAAGGAACCCAUAACGAAGGCUACUGAGGCUACGAAAGCCAUUGUUGCGCAUGAGACUGUGGACCCGAAAGGGAAAUUUGUGGAAGUACGCAGGCAGAAGGGAAAGAAGAUUACAAAGCAGAUGAUACCUCCUGAAACCAAGGUUGUCGCUGCUGUAGCGAUUGAACCUACUGGAGCUACGGUUUUAGAGUUUGAAACUACUGCUGCUGCUACGCCAAGUAUCGAACCUGCUAACGCGGCCCUGAGCUCCAACGACUCCGUGAGCUCAGAGUAUGACGAGGAUUCAGAGAGCUCGGAUUGCUACCGUGGUGAAGUAGUGGACCCAGGUCACCUUUGCACCGAAGAAUUUGAGGUAGUGUUUAUGCGUGGUAAGUUUUUCAAGGUUAAAAAAGAAGAAGUGAACACGAGGAAAAUGUUAAGAAGGACUCCUGGUUUAAGUUGUAAAGAGACACUACUCAAGAGGAAGGAGUAUCUACUUUCUAUUGUAAAUGAGGGAAAUGGAUGAGUUGAUUUACGGGAAAGAGAAUUGAUGCUUGCUGCAGAUAUUGCCCUGUGGCUGGAUAGUUUAUGUUGUCGUCGUGCUUCUGGUGAUUGCUAGGUGUUUUCUGAUUUUGUUUUGACAUGGGGCUUGUCCCAUUAGCUUCUGAUGAAUUAUAUUUAGGUUAGAGGCAUCUAACUUAGGUAGUCUUCUUGAUCUGGUGUGAUACAUUGUAAAAUAUUAUUUUUGGGUGCUUUAUAUAUAUACUUACAUUUCAUCCAAAAAAAAUACUCAUUGUGUGGUAUGUACUACUUAUCUGUGAAUAAA